CAAACGACCAUGGAGGCCUUUGCGCCUGGCAACUCCUCGACGGCAGCUGCCGUCACAUUCAUUACCUUCGUCCAGGACCUGAAGAAGAAGACCAAAACAUGGGCACCCAUUAUAGACCUCUGUGAAAGUGGGGAGAAGACGCUACACCGGUUCAGAUAUCAGUUCCCGGACGACUGGCUGUACAGCGACCAGCUGCGUGGGGAGUGGAGCGCCUACAAUGAGAUAUUGAAGAGAAAGAACGACUCCAUUCAGGAGCAACUCGCCGGCCUGCAACUAAAGAUUGUCGCCGAGGAUAAAAUCGUGGAGAACAAGAUCAACGACAUUAUUUCAGAGUGGGAGCAAACUCGUCCUGUCCAGGGCAACAUGCGCGCAGACAUCGCCAUGAACACAAUCAAUGUCUUCGAGGGAAAGCUUAAUCGAGUACAGGACGACUACGACCUCCUUUGUCGGGCGAAAGAAGCCCUUGACCUUGAACUUGUCCGCCACACGCGUCUCGAGCCUGUCUUUGAAGAGUUACGUGACCUCAAAAGUGUUUGGACCGCCCUUUCCGGCGUGUGGAGCCAGAUUUCUGAGCUUCGGGAGAUGCUUUGGUCUACGGUCCAGCCAAGGAAAUUGCGCCAACAAAUCGACGGGCUGAUUCAGUCAACGGGCAAGAUGCCGACGCGAAUGCGUCAAUAUGCAGCAUUCGAAUAUGUCCAGGACGUGUUGAAGGGUCUCCUCAAGUCUAACUCUGUCGUUUCAGAGCUGCAAUCUGAGGCUAUGAAGGACAGACACUGGAAGCAGCUUUUCAAAGCACUCCGGAUGCCUGCUGCUAUUCCAAUGCCAAUCAUGACCCUUGGCCACGUCUACGAUAUGGACCUCAAGAAGAACGAAAGCGUCAUCAAGGAAGUUAUCAUUCAAGCGCAGGGAGAGAUGGCUCUCGAGGAAUACAUCAAGCAAGUCAAGGAGACCUGGACCAGCUAUACGCUAGACUUGGUCAACUACCAAACGAAGUGUCGCCUGAUCAGAGGUUGGGACGAUCUCUUCACCAAGUGUAGCGAGAACCUCAACUCGCUUACCGCCAUGAAACUUUCUCCUUAUUAUAAAGUUUUUGAGGAGGAGGCUGCGUCUUGGGAAGAGAAGCUCAACCGAAUCCAUGUCUUAUUCGAUGUGUGGAUUGACGUUCAGCGCCAAUGGGUAUAUCUCGAGGGUAUUUUCUCUGGAAGUGCCGAUAUCAAACAUCUGCUUCCCGUUGAGAGCGGUCGCUUCCAAAACAUCAACGCAGAGUUCCUCACAGUCAUGAAGAAAGUCUACAAGUCCCCCUUCGUGCUGGAUGUCUUGAACAUUCAGGGAGUUCAGAAGAGUUUGGAGCGGCUCGCAGACCUGUUGAACAAGAUCCAAAAGGCACUGGGAGAAUACCUCGAACGAGAGCGGUCUUCGUUCCCCCGGUUUUACUUCGUUGGUGACGAGGAUUUGCUGGAGAUUAUCGGUAACAGCAAGGAUAUCCUUCGCAUCAUGAAGCAUCUGAAAAAGAUGUUUGCCGGAAUCUCAACAGUUAUGUUGGACGAAGACCUGACCCAAAUCCAAGGCAUGGCUUCGAGAGAGGGCGAAGAGGUUCCGUUUACGACACCCAUUCUGCUGAAAGAUUUCCCCAAGAUCAACGACUGGCUUGCGAAAAUCGAGUCCAUGAUGCGCCUUUCCUUGGCGGACCUGCUCACAGACGCUGUUGGCGAGUUACAAUCGUUUUACGGCACCGGCUCGUCUCUUCCAAUGGAUCAAUUUAUGGCUUGGAUGGAGAAAUACCCGGCGCAGUUGGUGACUCUCGCCAUUCAAGUUGCCUGGACGGCUGCUGUCGAGUCAUCGCUCGAAUCGAGGACUGCACCAGAUGCUGCGCUGCAAACUGUUACGCAGGCUCUUGAUCUGCUCGCCGACAUAGUCUUGCAAGAGCUUAUACCUGUCACUCGUCGCAAGUGCGAGCACCUUAUCACAGAAUUGGUCCAUCAGCGAGAUGUCACUCGAACACUGAUUGCUGAUAAAGUGCUUGACCCAGCUGGUUUUACAUGGUUGUACCAAAUGCGAUUUUACCUGGAUCGCUCCGUGGAGAAUCCUCUCGAACGUUUGGCUAUCAAGGUGGCCGACGCUUCCUUCCCUUAUGGUUGGGAAUACCUUGGUGUCCCAGAUCGGCUCGUCCAGACACCACUCACGGACCGUGUCUACCUAACACUCACACAAGCACUUGACAAUCAACUUGGUGGCGCUCCAUUUGGUCCUGCUGGCACAGGUAAAACCGAGUCCGUCAAAGCUCUUGGUGUCCAACUUGGGCGCUUUGUGCUCGUAUUCUGUUGCGAUGAAACAUUUGACUUCCAGGCAAUGGGUCGUAUUUUCAUCGGUCUCUGUCAAGUCGGUGCCUGGGGAUGUUUCGACGAGUUCAAUCGACUCGAAGAACGUAUUCUCAGCGCAGUUUCACAGCAAGUCCAGAGCAUUCAGCAAGGUCUUGCCUCGCUCGUCAAGAACCCCGACACGGAGAUCGAGUUGGUCGGCAAGAAGUUGAAGAUUAACAAGAAUAUGGGCAUCUUUAUUACCACCAAUCCCAACUAUGCAGGUCGUUCUCAACUGCCUCCCAAUUUGACCAAACUCUUCCGGCCAAUGGCUAUGACACGCCCCGAUCGCGAGCUUAUUGCUCAAGUUAUGUUGUUCUCGCAAGGUUUCCGUACUGCGGAGUCCCUCGCAUCGAAGAUUGUUCCCUUCUUCAACCUUUGCGACGAGCAGUUAUCACCACAGCCUCAUUACGACUUCGGUUUGCGAGCCCUGAAGGCUGUAUUGGCCAGCGCUGGUAUUCUCAAACGUGAACGUUUGCUCAACGCACGAGCCGAUGCGGAGAAUGAUGGCACCGUUGUUGAGCUAUCGGAUGGGAUUUCGGAGCAAAUCAUCCUCAUCCAAAGUGUCACCGAAACGAUUGUCCCCAAGUUGGUCGCAGACGAUGUUCCCCUUCUUACCAACCUUCUGGCUGACGUUUUCCCUGGCGUCGAUUACCUACCAGUUGAUCUCGAUAAGCUACGCGAACAAAUCCUCUUAGUGUGUGCAGAGCGCCGUCUCACACCUGGCGACAAAUGGAUUGCGAAGAUUCUGCAACUAUAUCAGAUCCAGAAAAUUCAGCAUGGUCUGAUGAUGGUGGGGCCAUCGGGAACUGGCAAAACGAACGCAUGGCAGGUCUUACUGGCUGCUCUCGAACGACUCGAUGGAGUUGAAGGUGUACCCUAUGUCAUCGAUCCCAAGGCGAUGGACAAGGAAGCGCUCUAUGGUACUUUGGAUGCAACGACACGUGAAUGGAAUGAUGGUCUGUUUACGCAUAUCCUGCGUAAAAUCGUGGACGACGUACGUGGCGAAAGUGGCAAACGCCAUUGGAUCAUCUUCGAUGGAGAUGUUGACCCAGAAUGGGUAGAGAAUCUGAACAGUGUCCUCGACGACAACAAGCUUCUAACGCUUCCCAAUGGUGAACGUCUGAAUCUGCCUCCUAACGUGCGCAUUAUGUUCGAAGUUGAGCAUCUCAAGUAUGCGACCUUGGCCACCGUCAGUCGUUGCGGUAUGAUUUGGUUCAGCGAAGACGUCAUCGAUCCUCAAAUGGUCUAUCGACACUAUCUCGAGACACUCGCCGCUGUUCCCCUCGACGCUGACGACGAAGACGCGGGUGAUAUAAUUGGGCGCAGAGUCGAUCCAUCAGCAAGCGAAGCCGACAACCUGGCGACACAAAAGGAAGUCGCGUCCAUCUUAGAGCGAUACUUCGAGGAUGGAGAACUGGUCAGCAACGCUUUGACAUUUGCAGACUCCAUCGAACAUAUCAUGGACUUCACUGUGACUCGUGCUCUCAGCACCCUCUUCUCGCUUCUCAACAAGACAGUCCGCAAUAUCAUCGAGUACAACAUCCAGCACCCUGACUUCCCACUGUCACAUGACCGCGUCGAGCAAUACGUGACCAAGCGACUCUUAGUCAGCAUCAUUUGGGCAUUCUCUGGCGAUGCUAAACUCGACUUACGCGCUGAAAUGGGUGAAUUCCUGCGUAAGCAAACCAGCAUCGACCUUCCGCCUCUUCAACAAGGUAGCUCGCUCAUUGACUUCGAUGUCCAAAUCUCCAAUGGCGAGUGGAUUGCCUGGCAAUCCAAGGUUCCUGUUAUCGACAUUGAACCCCAUGCGGUCACCGCGUCUGACGUGGUCAUUCCAACAAUGGACACUGUGCGUCACGAGGAGGUUUUAUACUCGUGGCUGUCGGAGCACAAGCCAUUGAUGCUUUGUGGUCCUCCUGGUUCUGGAAAGACCAUGACCUUGUUCAGCGCUCUUCGCAAGUUACCCGAUAUGGAGGUUGCUGGCCUCAACUUUUCCAGUGCGACAACCCCUGAACUCAUACUCAAGACAUUCGAGCAAUAUUGCGAAUACCGCAAGACUCCCAACGGUGUGAUUCUCGCCCCGGUUCAGAUUGGCCGCUGGCUUGUAGUGUUCUGUGAUGAGAUCAACUUGCCUGCGCCAGACAAAUAUGGGACCCAGCGCGUUAUUUCUUUCAUCCGUCAAUUGGUUGAAAGUGGUGGCUAUUGGCGAACUUCUGAUAUGGCUUGGAUCAAAUUGGAGCGUAUUCAGUUUGUUGGGGCAUGUAACCCACCCACUGAUCCUGGUCGAGUUCCGCUCACCCAUCGUUUCCUCCGUCAUGCGCCACUAGUCAUGGUCGACUAUCCCGGAGAAGUUUCCCUCAAGCAAAUCUACGGGACCUACAACCGCGCGGUUCUCAAAGUUGUUCCCAAUCUACGAGCUUACGCGGAGCCUCUCACCGAUGCCAUGGUCGCGUUCUAUCUCGCGUCGCAGAAACGCUUCACCACAGACGUGCAAGCUCAUUACGUCUACAGUCCACGUGAACUGACUCGUUGGGUUCGUGGUAUUUACGAGGCAAUCCGGCCUCUGGAAAUCCUGGCAGUCGAAGGGCUUGUUCGUGUCUGGGCUCAUGAAGCACUUCGAUUGUUCCAAGAUCGACUUGUAACGGAAGAAGAGAAAUUGUGGACCGAUGAGAACAUCGAUUCGAAUGCGAUGGAAAACUUCCCAACGAUCAAUCGCGAAGAGGCUCUGGGGCGGCCCAUUCUGUUCUCCAAUUGGACGUCCAAGAACUAUAUCCCUGUGGAUCGCGAAACGCUCCGCGAAUACACAAAGGCCCGCCUGCGUGUUUUCUACGAAGAAGAACUCGACGUCCCGCUCGUGCUGUUCAACGAUGUGUUGGACCACGUUCUUCGUAUUGACCGUGUCUUCCGACAAGUUCAAGGCCAUCUUUUGUUGAUUGGUGUCAGUGGAAGCGGAAAGACUACAUUGUCCCGCUUCGUUGCCUGGAUGAAUGGUCUCAGCAUUUUCCAGAUCAAGGUCUCCAACAAAUAUACCGGCGAAGACUUCGACGAGGAUUUGCGGACAGUCCUUCGUCGGUCUGGAUGCAAAGGUGAAAAGAUUUGUUUCAUCAUGGACGAAUCCAAUGUUCUCGACUCUGGUUUCCUCGAGCGCAUGAACACACUUCUUGCCAAUGCCGAAGUUCCUGGUCUUUUCGAAGGUGAUGAGCAUGCUGCUCUCAUGACAGCGUGCAAAGAGGGUUCUCAACGGGAUGGCUUAAUGUUGGACUCGCAUGAAGAGCUUUAUCGCUGGUUCACACAGCAAGUCGCCAAGAAUCUCCAUGUUGUCUUCACCAUGAAUCCACCUGAGAACGGACUGGCCUCAAGAGCAGCCACUUCACCCGCUCUGUUCAAUCGUUGCGUCCUCGAUUGGUUCGGUGACUGGUCCGACCAAGCCUUCUAUCAAGUUGGAAUUGAAUUCACGAACACAUUGGAUUUGGAUCUACCGUCCUACAAUCCACCAGUCAACUUCCCAAUCGCUUAUCGUGGAUUAGCAAUGCCACCUCUGCACCGUACGGCAGUUGUGAACGCACUCGUUCAUGUUCACUCUUCCUUGCACCAAAUCAAUCAGCGGCUCAGUCGCAGGCAAGGUCGCCAUAACUAUGUAACCCCUCGACAUUAUCUUGACUUCAUCAAUCACUAUGUGCGCCUCUACAACGAGAAGCGGGACGAGCUCGAAGAGCAACAACGCCAUCUGCAUGUUGGCCUCGAUAAAUUGCGUGACACGGUUACACAGGUCGAAGAACUUCGCAACAGUCUUGCCAUCAAACGGUCACAACUUGAGGCCAAAGAUGCAGAGGCGAACGAGAAGCUCAAGCGGAUGGUUGCCGACCAACAAGAGGCUGAGCAAAAGAAGGCUGCUUCAAUCAAGUUCCAAGCUGAGCUUAUCGAGGCGGACAAGGUCAUUAAGCAACGGCAAGCAAUUGCAGAAGCAGAUCUCGCAGAGGCAGAACCUGCCGUUCGUGAAGCAGAGGAGGCUGUUAGCAACAUCAGACGUCAACAUUUGGGAGAGGUUCGUGGUAUGGCCAACCCUCCUGAAGCUGUCAAGCUUGCCAUGGAGUCCGUUUGCACAAUUCUUGGGCACAAGAUCGACAGUUGGCGCGCGGUUCAGACUAUUCUGCGCAGCGACAAUUUCAUCAACAGUAUCCUCAAGUUUGAUACAACGACACAGAUGACAAAGCCCUUGCGCGAGUUAAUGAAGCGCGACUUCCUUUCCCGCCCCUCCUACAACUUCGAGACGGUACAACGUGCCAGCAGAGCUUGCGGACCGCUUGUCAAGUGGGUUCUAGCACAAGUUCGAUUCUCGGAAAUCUUGGACCGCAUAGAGCCGCUUCGCAACGAAGUACAAUCGUUAGAGGUGGAGGCUGAAGUCACAAAGAAGAAGGCGGACAGCAUCAUUCAAAUGAUUGCUGAACUCGAGUCGAAGAUUGCGAAAUACAAAGAGGAGUAUGCUGUUCUUAUAAGCGAGACUCAGGCCAUCAAGUCCGAAAUGGAGCGCGUUCAAAGCAAAGUAGACCGCAGUAUGAAGUUGUUGGAAAGCUUGUCAUCAGAAAGAGGUCGUUGGGAGUCUGGCAGUCGAACAUUCGACACAGAAAUGAGUACCAUCGUUGGAGAUGUACUCCUUUCGGCCGCUUUCCUAGCUUACGGUGGAUUUUUCGACCAGCAGUAUCGGGAGGGCAUGUGGCAGGAGUGGUCUCACCAUUUAUCCGAUGCCAACAUCAAAUUCAAACCUGAACUCUCGCUUACGGAGUAUCUCUCCACGGCUGAUGAUCGCCUGGGUUGGCAGUCCAAGUCCCUUCCUUCAGACAACCUCACCACGGAGAACGCGAUAAUGUUGAAACGUUUCAACCGUUAUCCAUUGAUAAUCGACCCGACUGGUCAGGCAACAACUUUCCUCCUCAAUGAAUACAAGGAGCGCAAGAUCACAGUCACUAGUUUCUUGGACGAAGCAUUCCUCAAAGUCCUGGAGAGUGCUCUCCGAUUUGGCAAUCCUCUUUUGAUCCAAGAUGUUGAACACCUUGAUCCCAUUCUCAAUGCGGUGUUGAACAGAGAAAUCCGUCGCACUGGUGGUCGUGUUCUUAUUCGUUUGGGCAGUCAAGACAUUGACUUCUCGCCGUCGUUCACCAUGUUCCUUUCCACGCGAGAUCCUUCCGUCGAAUUCUCUCCUGAUAUUUGCAGUCGAGUCACUUUUGUUAACUUCACCAUGACGCGAAGCAGUCUGCAAAGCCAAUCUCUCGACCAAGUACUCAAGGUCGAAAGACCUGACACGGAACGCAAGCGCACGGAUUUGAUGAAGAUCCAAGGCGAAUUCCGCCUUCGUCUGCGAACCCUUGAGAAGCUGUUGUUGCAAGCCCUCAACGAAUCCUCUGGCAAUAUCUUGGAUGAUGACAAGGUUAUCGAUACACUCGAGACUUUGAAACGUGAAGCAGGAGAGAUCACUCGUAAGGUUGAAGAAACGGAUGUUGUCAUGAAGGAGGUGGAGCAAGUAACAGCAGAGUAUCUUCCACUUGCCCAGGCGUGCAGUGCCGUUUUCUUCGUCCUGGAGCAGCUGAAUCUGGUAAAUCAUUUCUAUCAAUUCUCAUUGCGAUUCUUCCUCGAUAUAUUCGACUACGUUCUCCAUCACAACCCGAAUCUCAAGAACGUUACCGACUACGCCAGGCGGCGCGCCAUCCUGCUUAACGACCUUUUCCUAGUCGUUUAUCGUCGCACGUCACGUGCAUUACUAUAUCGGGACCACGUGAUGCUGGCCGUUUUGCUUGCGCAAGUCAAGCUUCGCGGCGUCGAGGAAAUCGGAGACGAGCUGGAGUUCCUUCUCGAAAGUGGGGAAGGUGUCACAGCAGCGGCAGCGGCAACUUCUGACAAGAACUCCAUUCUUUCCCCUGACCAGGUUAGCCGACUGGAGAAUUAUGCCAGGCACUCCAUCUUCAAACCCGUCAAAGCACAUUUCAUGGAGCACGAGAGCGACUGGGCUCCCUUCUUGCAGUCUAGCAAUCCGGAAACAAUGGUACCAACACCAUGGGACCCUAGUACUCCUGCUGUUGAAGCCCUCCGCUCUGCCCUCAUCAUCAAAUGCUUUAGGCCUGAUCGUCUGUUGCAAGCCACUGCAAAUAUCGUUCGCGUGGUCUUCGAGGUGGACAUGUCUGCCGAGUCUGUAUUUGACCUUGGUGAUAUGGUCACUAACGAAGUUCCUGCUGCAACCCCCCUUGCUCUUGUGUCAGUAACGGGCUAUGACGCAAGCUAUCGAGUCGAAAACCUUAUAAAGAAUACGGGGGCUCGUUCGACAUCAGUUGCAAUGGGUUCACCUGAAGGUUUUACCCUUGCCGACCAGGCCAUUGCCGCUGCAUCUCGUCAGGGCUCAUGGGUUCUUCUCAAGAAUGUACAUCUUGCGUCGACCUGGCUUGGCCAAUUGGAGAAGAAGCUACAAACCCUCAACCCUCAUCGCAACUUCAGGCUAUUCUUGACCAUGGAAGCCAACCCCUCUAUACCAGUCAAUAUCCUCCGCCAAUCUCGCCUCAUCAUGAAUGAGCCGCCUCCGGGAAUCAAAGCUAAUCUCUUAGACUCGCUGCGAAACAUUUCUUCGUCGCGGUUGUCUCAAGGGCCGACAGAAAAGGUCCGCCUGUACUUCCUCUUGUCCUGGUUCCAUGCCGUCGUUCAAGAACGUCUCCGCUACGCGCCUCUUGGGUGGAGUAAGAUCUACGAUUUCAAUGAUUCUGAUAUGGCGUCUGCCACCAACACCAUCGAUGCGUGGUUGAACUCAGUCUCCAAGGGCCGAGCCAAUAUUGAUCCUGCAACAAUCCCUUGGGACGCCCUCCGCACCCUUGUCAAACAAUCUGUCUAUGGAGGCAGGGUCGACAGCGACUUCGAUCAAAGGAUUUUGGAUGCUUUUGUCGAUAACCUCUUUACGCCAGCUGCGUAUAACGUGGACUUCAACUUGGUACCUAACGUUGGCGGCGCGCAGUUACUUGGGGCUCCAGAUGGAACAAAAAUUGAACAAUUUAUGUCUUGGGUACAAGGCUUACCGGACCGAGAGCCUCCUUCAUGGCUCAGUCUUCCUCCAACAGCUGAGCGUGUCAUUGCUGCAGCUCAAGGCAAUGAACUUCUUGGGAAACUUCGCAAGAUGCGGAUGCUUGCCGAUGACGAUGACGAUACCACUACUACUUCAACGACUUCCAAAUCCCAAGGAUCUCAACAGCCUGCUUGGAUGCGGGCGCUUUACGAUCGCUGCCAGCAAUGGAUUGCGCUUUUGCCCACGAAAUUCAGCACCUUGGCUAAGCAAUCUGGAGACAACGAAGACCCGCUUCAUCGUUUGUUCUCCCGCGAAGGCAGCAUCGGUCGCAAGCUGCUAGGACAAGUCCAGAAAGACCUGAAGGAUGUGAUCAAGGUUUGCCAAGGAGAGCUCAAGCAGACCAACCACUUGCGGACGUUGAUGAGCUCUCUCACCAAAGGCACUAUUCCCGAUCACUGGCGGCGAUACAAAGUCCCCAAGGCCAUGGCUGUUUCUGGAUGGAUCGCGGACUUUGCUCGGAGGCUUGCCCAACUCGAUCACAUUGCUAGUCUCGACAACCACAACAAUGUCGAAGUUUGGCUAGGCGGGCUGUUCUUCCCUGAGGCCUAUAUCACGGCCACACGACAGGCAGUGGCACACAGGAAGAAGUGGAGUUUAGAAACGCUACAUCUGCGACUCGAUAUAGAACGUGUCAACGACCCUGGGGCAUUUAUCAUUGAUGGCCUUACACUCGAAGGCGCUUCGUGGGCUGUUGAUAAGCUGAAUCUGAACGAUGGUGAAGCGGUCCGGUUGAACCCGUCCCAAGUUCGCUGGGUACAGAUCGACGAUGCUUCCACUUCUGGCGCAGUCAACCUUCCGGUCUAUCUCAACAACGACCGCAGCGACGUUCUAUUCACGGUUGAUCUUCCAUUCGACAGCAGCGCCGGCCCGCUUGUUGCGAUGAGGGCGGUUUGUUUAACCGCCGGUGGUUGA